UGGUUCUCGGCGUGGGCCCUGGGCGCACGCGUCAUGCACCUGGCACGGCCCCGCUGCUGUCCUGUUCAACCAGCAUGGCGCUGCUCCGGUCCUGCUGCUGCUGGCUGUCCCUGCGGAAGGGAAGCUGCGCCUGCGGCGUUUACACGCUCAUUUUCUACACGAUGCUUAUUGUAACUGGAAUAUUCCACGUCAACUCGGCGCUUCACUCACCGGUUGGGUUCACGCUGAUCCUCCUACUCCUGUCAUUCUCAGGAUUGUGCGUCAUCUUCUCUGGCGUUCUCCUGCUGGGCUUAUAUUUAGACAACCGGCUGCUCUUGAUCCCGUGGCUGGCAAUCGUUUCCAUGACGACUCUUCUCGACAUCGUUCUCUCGCUCUACUUCAUUGCUGAUCUCAGAGUCGACGGUUUCGUCGUGGCCAUGUACGUCGUCGACUACACCUUAUGUUCCGUGAACAUCUACUGCAUAAUGUGCGUGCUGUCCCAGUACCAGGAGUAUGCCGUUGGAAGAAGGGCCUUGGGGUGCCAGACAAGCCGAGUGCCGCUGCCCGUGGUUUCUGCGUACAACAACAGCAGCAGCAGCAGCCGUGGAGCAGGCGAUGGGCGCUCCAUGUUCAGCCGCAUCGCAUCGUGGCCCAGCCGCCGCAUCUGCCGCAAGGCGGCUUUGCCUCUCGGCGGCGGUGUCCGACCUCCCUCGUGCAGCAUCACCAUUCCCGCGGACGCUGGUGCCCCAGAAGCCGCAGCAACUCCCUUUGGCGCAGGCAAAGUUACGAACGGCGUGACUCGCAUCGCAAGAGAGAACCUCCUCAUGCUUCAGCCUCCGCGCGGCUACAGCAGCACAGACGAUGUCUCCAGCGGUCUGCACCUUUCCACGGCAGAGACGUCCCUCCAACCGUCUGGUGAAGAGGUUGACCUGCCAGAGAACAUGUGUACAACGGUUUUCAACAAAGGAACGGACAACGAGCAGCUGGAGGAAGUGAACAGUAAACUACGUACUCAGUGCAAAACCACGACCAAAACGGAACAAGACAAAGAAUUCAGCGUCGAGCCCGCCAGUCCUGUUCUCGAUAACCACCCACUGCUCGAUACUUCGAGUAGCCCCGACCUGAUCUGCGAAGACAGCAAAUGUAACGACAAUAUAUAAGCGAUCGAGUAUGCUCAUGACGUGCCGUAACCGUACGGCAAACUUCUCACGACGACCUGCUUUCAUAAGUCACACGUGAACAAAGUCACAAUUGCGAUCGCUCGUGUGGGCACAUCUGGGGUGCUAGUUAAGAAAGCAUUUCGUAGACGUUCAUCAGAAGGCGUCCACGCAUACGCCUGAAUUCCAUUUAUACGAGACACUAUUUAUGUAAAAAAUUCAUCUGUUCAGCGCGCCACUGUGUCUCACUUGCGCUGGUGACGAGGACUUGGAGCACUUAAUUUUUAUUUGCGGAUGCUUUACAAACGAACCUCAAGGGUUGUCAUGAGGAAACGCUCUCAACAUGAGCUGCGGGACAUUCUUGGAUCGUGGUAGUGUCCGGCAUCCAAACUGCUAUCCACUAAGGUGGUUAAAGCAUUCUUGCGGGAUACGGGCCCGCCAGUGAGAUUCUGUGAAUAACUUUUGCGCUAGGGCAUCUCGCGCUAGGUCGAAAUCUCCACCUCAUUCCUUCUCACCUGAAGUAACAUGCCAAACCUGUCGCUGGACUAACUUCUCCACUUGCCAUUAAACUCUCUCACUCUCAUAGAGAAUGAAAAGUGGUGCACAGAAGAAAAUAUUGAGUGAACGAGUAAAUAAAGUUAUUAUUGUUCAGGCG